AAUGGAACAGAUUUGAAGCCUGUGCAAAUGUACGUUCCGGAUUUGUUAUCUUUGGACAUAAGUUACGUUGAUAUCAGAAAAUGUUCGGGAACUUGUCUUGAAACAUUUUUUCAGCAUAACAGAAAUCUUGCCAAAUUUACCAUUCACUGGAAAGAUUUGACCAAUGGAAUUGUCUCUUCCAUGGCAUCAGAGGGAGAAAUGUUAGAAGAGAUAGCCUUGGUUGACUGUGAUCAGGUGACUUGCUCUGGGAUACAAGAUAUUGGCAAGCACUGUCAGAAAUUGAGAGGAUUAGACCUGAAAGGAGUUUGUUUCUUAACGGAUGCUGCUCUGUGGCCAUGUUUGUCACGUGGGCAACUUCGUCACCUGUCAUUGGCAGAAUGUGGGAUUUCUGACGUCACACUGAGGUGGAUUUGCCAGUAUCUAUCUGAAACCGUUGAAUCACUGGAUCUGGCCUGGUGUGACGAAAUCACGGAGACAGGCGUGAAUACCCUCUUGUCACGUGACCACCCAAAUCUCCGAACUCUAAGUCUUCACCAAGGUCCGGCCUCUGACCACACCUUGACCUUGCUGGCUGAGCACUGUUCACAGCUGACAAGCCUCGUGUUGUGCAGUGUUAGAUUUGGAAUAGACGACGAAGCAGUGGUCAACCUUGCACAACGCCUCCCUCACUUGACAAAGAUUGACAUUAGCUGGAAUUCCGGUCUGACAGACAAAAGUCCAUCUGCAUUUCUGACAUUUUGUCAGAAACUGGAGUGGGCAAAUUUUGCUGGAAUAAAGAGGAUAACUUCGGAGCCAUUCAUACAUCUCAUCUCAGAUGAUGGAAGUUGGCUGAAGACCCAGGCUAUGCUGAGAAAGGAUCGGCUAGACAGGCAGCGUCGGCAGGUAGAUGCAGGGGGGACACAAGUCGAUAAGGAAACGAGACCAGUGAGGUUACCAUUUCGCUCAGGUGUGUUUUGCACCACGUCUGUCUUACCUGGAUCUGGUAUUCUGUGGACUUGGUGGAUGACUUCCACCUGGCAGGAAUCACUGCCGUGUGCAGGGGGUCGCUCAAGAUUCAGGAUUACCACGGACAGUUAGUAGAACCUGUCUGGUUUUCACAGUGUACUGUGGACAUAUAAGCUGUGUUACAACCCCUAUAUAAAGUGAGGUCACAGAAGAUAAAGGAUUACAUGUAUCACGGGCAGUUAGAGGAACCUGUCUGGUUUUUACAGUGUAUAGCGUGGACAUAUAAGCUGUGUUACAACCCCUCUAUAAAGGGGGUUGCAGAAGGUAAAGGAUUACAUGUAUCACGGGAAGUUAGUGGAACCUAUCUGGUUUUUACAGUGUAUAGCAUGGACAUAUAAGCUGUGUUACAAUAAAGGAUAUCUCAGAAGAUAUAGGAUUAUCUCGAACAGUUAGUGGAACCUGUCUAUUUUUUACAGUGUCCUGACCUAAAUGUCUAACCUCAAUGCAGAUAACAGUUCAUAUUAACAUGAUUAAGGAGGACAGGAUUACAAGCACCAGCACAAAAUUAGUUGUCACUCUUUAAUCUGCCCCUCUCCAGCUCCUGCUGGCUUCCUCUCCAGCCGUACAUGGGAAGGUCUUCCAGCAACAAGCAGAUGGUCGUGGGUUUCCCCUGGGCUCUGCCCGGUUUCCUCCCACCAUAAUGCUUGCCGCCGUCGUAUAAGUGAAAUAUUCUUGGGUACGGCGUAAAACACCAAUCGAAUAAAUAUAUAAAUUAAUCCACUGCUCAAAUGUCUCCUCUUAAGAUGAUGGUAUUUACAAGCUUCAAAUAAUCAAAAAUUAAACAUUCUACAAUUAUUUGUAUAGUUUCAAGUGAUAUUUUGUCUUAUACACUAGUUAGGACUUAUAUUUGACAAUAUUUUUACUAAGCUUGAUCCUACUGUCCUGGGCUGGUCACAUAUAGGACUACAGGUUACAUAUUGGUAUAACCAACCAGUAUAUGCAACUUAGGCAAUUAGAAAAGUGAAAAAAUGAAUUUGAGAUAUUUAAUACUUCGCAGGAUAUUCAACCAAGUUACGUGUUUUUAUGUAAACGGGAUAUUUGCAUCAUUUUGUGGAACAUUAACAGAAGCUAAUUCGUAAGACUAUAUAAUCGACCUUCGCUCGCUUUACAUGCAUAUAUCAAAGGUUUAGUAAACUGUGUACAUUUCUAUCAAAGAAAUUAGAUUUUUAUGAGGAAUAAAUGCUGAGGUGUCUGAGGGCAUUUACUGCGUUUUUUGUUAUGAAUUUCAGGGCAGG